CCGCAACUCAACUCGCAAGUCACCUCACCAGCCGGAUUCGCUCGUCCACCUUCCCUCCCGCACGCGCGCAGGCACGCGAAGCACCCCUCUCGAACGAACCGCACCUCCUGCCUCUCCGGCUCUCCCUCUCCCUCCCCGCCGCGCGCCCGCCCUACCAGCAGCUUCGGGAAGCCAAGCCGAGCCGAGCCAACCCAUGGCCGCCGCCAACACCGCCGCCGCCGGCGCGGCCACCCCGGCCCCCGCCCCCGCCGCCCCGGCCGCGCCCGUGCAGGUGCCGCGCGGGCAGGUGGAUCUGGCCGACUUCAUCGACUGGACCGGCGUCGAGUGCCUCAACCAGGACUCCUCCCACAGCAUCACCAACGCGCUCAAGCAGGGUUACAGGGACGACGAGGGGCUGUACCUCGCCAGCGAUUCGGACGAGCAGCUGCUGAUCUACAUCCCCUUCAUGCAGGUGGUCAAACUGCAUUCCGCGCUCUUCAAAGGGCCCGAGGAAGAAGGCCCCAAAACAGUCAAACUCUUCUCCAAUAAAGAGCAUAUGGGUUUCAGCAAUGUAAAUGACUAUCCACCAAGUGACACUCUUGAUCUAUCCGCCGAUCACUUGGCAGAGAACAAACCCGCGACACUAAAAUAUGUCAAGUUCCAAAAUGUUCGCAGCCUGACUAUAUUUAUUGAGGACAAUCAAAGUGGAAGUGAUGUCACAAAAAUCCACAAGAUUGCGCUUUAUGGAACAACCGUGGACACAACAAAUAUGAAGGACUUGAAGAAGAUAGAAGAGCACUAAAGACCAUACAAAGUUUGAGCAUGUUCCAGUCAGCGUAUGGCACAUUAGAAACAGUUAACUGUUGAAUUGAGCAAUUUCUAGUUGAUCCUGGCCAACUUUUUGGCGUAUUUUUAUACAUGCUGAAUUCAAAGAGUGAGUCUGGUGAUGCCGAAGCUAUUGUCUCUUGGCACCUUGUAGUCCUGCUAUGUAUGGCUUGGGUGUGAGUGAUUGAUGAAACGAUAUUUUUCCCCUCCCAGAAAUCUGAAUUCAUUUCACGAAUGAACCAAAAUUACUCCA